UUCAGCCAAAGUUUCACGGGAUGCGAGGGUACUUAUGUAAGUGACGGCAACAGCGUGACUCUUCUAUCCCACCCGUGUAGCAGGGGAGACAUCAUUUCAUCAGCCAGUUAACAGAUUUUUGAGGGGUGCUCAUUUGCACAACAAGCCAGUCGCCAUGCCUACUGACGCUCAAAGCGAUGCCCGCUCCUUCCUCACUGAGGAGAUGAUUGCAGAGUUCAAGGCCGCCUUUGACAUGUUUGACACGGAUGGCGGUGGUGAUAUCAGCACCAAGGAGUUGGGCACCGUGAUGAGGAUGUUGGGACAAAACCCAUCGAGGGAGGAGCUGGACGCCAUCAUUGAGGAAGUAGAUGAGGAUGGCAGCGGUACCAUUGACUUUGAGGAGUUCUUGGUCAUGAUGGUGCAACAGCUCAAGGAGGACCAGACAGGGAAGAGUGAAGAGGAGCUCUCUGAAUGCUUCCGUAUUUUCGACAAGAACGGAGAUGGAUACAUCGACCGAGAGGAGUUUGGAGACAUUCUGCGCAUGACCGGAGAGCCUGUCACAGAAGAAGACGUUGAUGAAAUGUUUGGCGAAUCUGACAAUAACAAGGACGGAAAGAUUGAUUUUGACGAGUUUUUGAAGAUGAUGGAGAAUGUCCAGUAAAGACCACAUUCCCUGGUGACCCUCCUUCAUCAAAAUCACUUCACUGUUUUUAAUUGGCAUCAUUUUGUUUAGGGGUUAAAUACCUUCAACCAUGCUGCUCUCAUAUGAAGCCCUAAGGUCUGGCGAGAAUGUCUAAAAAUAUCCGUCCACCCCUUGUAAGACGAAGACACUUUCUUCAGCUGUCCCUUCCUUGGCAGCUGUUGCUCCUCCUGACAUGCUACACCAUGUAUUCCCUUCAAACCACCAAACUCCUCCUCCAUAACCCUAUCCUGUGUUGUCCUAUGAAAUAAAUCAACCUUUUACUCUUUG